ACACACACACACAGACCCAGAGGAGUGUGUGAUUGUGCAAGUGUUCUGGGCUGCAGUGUUUGUCGCUGCUCUUCAUGUUCAGAUCAUCAGCAGAGCCAGAGACCAACGGCAGCACACGAAGAAUGUUCCAGAUGGUUCAGUUUCUGGUUCCUUCUGGACCCAAAAGACCAAACAGCAGCAGCGGCUCCAAACCCAAGCCCACCCUGACCACUGCAGACCAGUUCAUACAGCGCGUCCGCGCAGUCACCGGUCUGAGACAGCAGGAUGUGUUUCAUAACCUGCGUGUGCCGAACCAGCAGCAGACCGACCGAGACGAGAUCAGCCUACUGCUGCUCACAGGUUACGGUGUGUUCUGCAUUGAUCUGAAGACGUGGAGCGGUUCCGUCUCAGCCCAGAGUGACUCUCUAUGGCCGCUGCAGAGCAAAGAGCAGCAGAAACACACACACACACACACCAGCACAGAGGAGCUGCCGGACGCUCUACAGCAGAUCAGGGUGAAAGCCGGUAACCUGUGUGCGCACCUGCGCCGCUGUGGGCUGCACCUGCCCUCGUCUCUCUGUGUUCCCAGAGUGCUGCUGCUGUCGGAGUGUGUGUUGAGCGACGCGCUGCUGCAGGACGAGCUGCUGGUGUCACACACACACAUCGAGCCCUUCCUGCGCUCGCUGACAGAGGGCUACGCUAGCUGGCUCACACACACACUCACACCAGCCUGGAUCACCGGUCAGCUCUCCUACAGUCAGAUGCGGGCUGUGCGUGAGCAGCUGGAGCUGAUUGGCAGCUGGGAUGUUCUUCAGAUGAUUGACGGACAGCAGAUCAGCGGAGAUUUCCAGAGCUGCCGACACCUGUCAAUCAGCAGACAGGAAACUGACCUGCUGGAGUUCAGCCCGACAGGAAGUCUGGUCAGCGACACACUGUGGAGCCUGCUGGGACACACACCACAGGUCACCGUCUCCCUGUAUAAGCGUGGUCCUCAGGGGUGGCUGGGUAAACCGAUCAUCGCCACGGCAACCAUCCCGUCCAGCACACGUGUGAUCUUCCGCAUGCGUGGAGACGCAACCGAAUCCAGGAUCCCGUGUGGAAGAAUCCGCUCCAUCACACUGAGCAUCUGAACACACACACACACACACACACACUCUCUGACUCACACUCACUCAGACACACACUUUAAUGCUGCUAAUAAAGCUCAGUUACUUUCCCAAUCACUGCAAUAACCUGCAUUAAUAGAUGGACUGAACUGACAGCACACACACACACACACACACACACACACUGUUUGUUGUGCUGGCUGUUGAUUGUGUGUUCAGUAUGUUAUGAUCAAGCUUCACUCUGAGCUCUACACUCUUCCUCUCUCCUCUUCAUCAGCAGUGUUGAGUUGAUGCUGUGUAAUGAUGCAGUGCAAUAAAGCGCAGAUUUCUGUCUGUC